AUGGCUGUUUAUAUUCUAAAAGAAAAAUCUCGAAUAUUAAUAGCCUUGGCUUUCUCUGCUGCCAUUGGGAUCACGUUUCUUGUACUAGGAUGUGCUCUGUUUCAGAACUGGUGGCCGAUGUUUGUGCUGUUUUUCUACUUCCUGUCGCCUGUACCCACCGUCAUCUCUCGCCGUCUGUCCGGCAGUCUCGACUCCUCCAGCAGUGCCCUUAUUGAGCUGUGUAUAUUUCUGACUGUGGGAGUCGUCAUUUCAGCGAUUGGUUUACCCAUCGUAUUGGCUAGAACCUCGGUGAUCCAGUGGGGAGCCUGUGGCUUGGUCCUGGCGGGGAAUGUCGUCGUGUUUCUCACGAUCCUCGGAUAUUUCUUCGUGUUCGGAAAUGAUGACUUGGAUUAUUCCUCAUGGUGAUGAACACAGACCUGAUCUAUUUAUAUUUUAAAACAAACCGUGAGAAUGUGACAUUUUAAUAUGUGAUUUGAAAGUUUUUAUUCUACAUCUUAAUGUAGAGAGAUUUUGCUGGAAGGGAGAAGUAACGUAGUGUUUUAUGUUGCAGACUUGUUGCUGCGUAACAGAGAUGGUGAAUUGUUAGUAUUAGUCAGAUCAUCCUUAUAUCAUUAGGUUUGCAUCUCCACAUGUCUUGCAUCAUUUCCUAUGUAACCUAAUCUGAAACAUUUAAAAUCAGUAUAGUUUAUAAUCUAAGAUAUUUACAUGUAUUCAGUUGACUGCAGUAACUAUAGUUAUAGCUAAUGCUUCAAACACCAGUGGUGUUAGCAGUUAUGUAUGAUUGAUUUGAUGCUGAUUUGAUGCUGGGUUUGAUACAGUGGUAGACAGUGACACACAGGCAUGUCCAUAGCAAAGUCCUGCAUGUAUCCUAUUACAGGUCAUAUAAAAAGUACUGCCUCUCUCCAAAAUAGCUGUAUAUCUUGUUACAAGUACUAUGAAAUCACUUAUUUUCAUGGAGAUUAAUUUCCAUAGCUUUCUUAAGAAGAGACCUACAGAUUUAUGUCCUAUAAAAA